CCUUGUUUCCUGGUGGUCUGCCACGUAACAACACAAGCGCUCAGCUGGCAGAGUGGGCGACGUGUACCGGGUAACAAUAUUGCCGAAGCAGGAAAAUAUCUCACAAUAAACCCUAAAUACGAUAUAUACUAGGGGUGUCAUGGGGGGAUUGCAGAGUGCCGAGAUACCGGGAGGAGGAUCCGAAGGCUACCAUGUUCUUCGGGUUCAGGAGAACUCUCCAGGACACCGGGCAGGACUGGAGCCUUUCUUUGACUUCAUCGUCUCCAUCAACAAUGAAAGACUGAACAAGGACAAUGACACCCUGAAGGACCUAUUGAAGGCCAGUGUGGAGAAGCCAGUCAGGAUGCUGGUCUACUCCUCGAAGACCCUGGAGCUCAGGGAGUCCACCGUCAUCCCUAGCAACCUCUGGGGUGGCCAGGGCCUGCUGGGAGUCUCCAUACGCUUCUGCAGCUUCGAGGGAGCCAAUGAGAACAUCUGGCACGUGCUGGAGGUGGAGCCUAACUCUCCAGCAGCCCUGGCUGGCUUGCGGCCCCACACUGAUUACAUCAUAGGAGCCGACACCGUUAUGAACGAGUCGGAGGACCUGUUUUCCCUGAUAGAGACCCAUGAAGGGAAGGGGCUGAAGCUGUAUGUUUAUAACACAGACACAGACAACUGCAGAGAGGUGGUCAUCACCCCGAACAGCGCCUGGGGAGGGGAGGGCAGUCUGGGAUGUGGGAUAGGAUACGGGUACCUGCACAGAAUUCCCACCCGACCAUUUGAAGAGGGGAAGAAGAUCCGUUUUCCAGGUCCUCUUCCCAGUGGUGAGCCCAUCAGCCCGCUCAAGGAUGGAUUCACUCAGGUUCAGCUGGCAGCUGUAACCCCUCCGCCUGCCAUGCCUUCUGUCCCCACGGGGCUCGAGGAUUCGCUGUCCGGCCUGUCAAUCAGCUCAGCCCCGCCCACUAUCCCAAGCGAGUUUCAGACAGGUCUCCCCACUGUUCCCCUGCUGCCCACCUCUAUCAGCCCCUCCCUGAGCCCCCUAAACCCUGCCUCCACGACCUUCAACCCCGCCACCACGCUACCAGGUCUGAUGCCUCUCCCGGGCAGCUUCCCCCUACUUCCAAACCUCACCAACCUCAACCUCGGCGCACUACCAGACCUCAGCGCUGUGUCGUUAGCAGGUUUCCCUCCACUCGCCCCCCUCCCUCCUCUGAACCUGCCCGGAGUCACCCCCUUCCCCCCCAUGCCUGCCAUGCUGUCCCAGCUACCACUCCUGCCCCCAGGGGUAACAUCUUUUCCCCCGGUCGACCUCUCUUCCUUCACCCUUCCAACAGUCGCCCCAGAGAAGCAGACCCUCCCCGAUGCCACAGUUCCCUCUACUGCCACACAAUCAGCUGUCGCCUCGGAAACCGCCCCCACUGAAUCACAGGCUUCCACGGAGACAACGUCGUCGUAACACAGGAAGAGUCUCAGACCUAGAACCAAACCUACCAGUUUCUGUCUCCUCUCUCUCUCUUUCACCCUCUAUUUAUUUAGCCAGGAGGGAGAGAAGCAUAUUUCCAGCGGUGAGGCUGGCGCACUCAGAAGGCAGUUAGUUGGAAAAGUGGAGCAGAGGAAUGAAUGAUGGACAGAUGGAAUGAAGGAGUGGCAGUGGCUAGAAGCAUAGUAGCCCUACCAGCCUGUCUGUCCCACCCGGCCUCAGUUUCAUGUAAAAUUUGAAUUCUCUUCUGUACAUCAGCUUUUUUAUAACCUCCCAACCCUUUAGUAAACCCAGAAAUCUCUUAGUUAAUAUUCCUUCAUAUAUUCAUUUUUGUUAAAUUGCUUAGAUUGCCCCUUCAACAGAAACAAUCUGCAGUUGUUAUAUACAUUUUUGGACUUAUAAAUUAUGUACCCAUUAAUUCUUUAACCCCAUUCUACCCCAAAAUAUAAGCUUGUUUUACACCAAUGUUUGUAAACAAAGUAGAUGUAAACACAAAACAUGCCUAAAACUAACUUUAAUUUUUAUAUCAUGAAUGUUCAGUCCUUGCAUUUCUCCAUCCCCAUCCCUAAGCUUUUUACCGAAAGUGGGGCACGGAGUACGCUUUGUUUCAACUGCUGAUUGCUGCUUUAAAGAAUGAAAUCUGCAUUAUUUUAUGCCACAUUUGUGUUUUGAAAUCAUUAGCUAUGCAUGCCUGUACCUAUGUAAUAAGUUUCUAUGCACCGUUACGAACAGAGUGGACUAACUACCCUUUGCAAAAUAAAAAAAUUAAAAUGGGAGUUGUUUAGGAGUGCAAGGACGAAUGGAGUUAUUGCACACACGCACUUCAGAGUAGACGUUCCCUAAUGGUAAUAUGCAAAAACAUGCUAGAACACGCCAAUAGGAUCAUGCUAGCUCUUGCUUGGCUCUGCCCACCUCCUUUCUUAUUCUGCCCACGAUGAUUAAUUUGCUCCCAUUGGAAAUGACAGGCUGUGGUCUAUCUUGGGUUAGUUAUUUAAGCAAUAAGGCAUGAGGGGGUGUGGUAUAUUUUGACAAUAUACCAUGGCAAAGGGCUGUUCUUAUGCACGAUGCAACGCGCAGUGCCCGGAUACAGCCCUUAGCCGUGGUAUAUUGGCCAUAUACCACAAACCCCCAAGGUGCCUUAUUGCUAUUAUGAACUGAUGACCAACAUAAUGUUUUGUCAUACCCAUGGUAUAUGGUCUGAUAUACCACGGCUUUCAUCCAGUCAGCAUUCAGGGCUCGAACAACCCAGUUUAUAAAAAGGUAUUUGGUACCAUCCUCUGACAUGGCCAGAUGGUGGGAAAUGGAAGGCGCAGUGGGGCUGUUCAACCAAAUGAGGGCACUGUGUACCAACUUUAUUUUAACAUCCUGUACAUACAUACUCGAGCAAUAAAGCCAAUGGAAUUUUACAAUACA